AUGCCGCUUACGUGUGAGCUGGUUCUGCGCUCAUUAGUGCGGCUCACGCCGAUGGGCUUACCUCAUUUUGUGGGCAAUUUUCAACACUCGAGAGGGGGCAGAACUCUUCAAACAUUUGAUGUCGGUCUUUUUGGACAACUGGUUGAACGUGUACGCGAUGCAAUGGCUCAAGCCGAACGUAAAAUUGUUUUCUUACAUAAAUGA